AUGCACCUGAAUGACCUCACCAUCUGGACGGCGGUGAUAGUGACCGCCACAGUUCAGGCCGAGCCGAUCCACUGGGCGUGGGCAACGUCGGAGCGCAGGCUGAACAGACUGGUAAUCCACGAGGGCGAGCCACCGCUGGCGAGCACUUUCACUGGAGCGCCGCAAGUUCCCGUGGCAUGGGCAAGCUUCAAGGACGAUAUACACGAAAGUGGCUGGUCUUACCUUCAGAUCGAGUCCAGCCCAUACGUGCAUGACGAGCUGCAAGCGUACGCGGCUGGAGCGCUGGAGGCCUACCUGACCCGACGUUUAAUGGAGAACCAGUGGGAAAACCUGUUCUCACGAUACUGCGAAAACCAGACCGAGUACUGCAGCCGGCUGGAUGACUUCAUCAUUAAGAACCUCGAGUAUUCACGGGAGCAGGAGCACCGCUUCAUGUACAGCGAUCCUUACUGGAACAUGGUGCACCUACAAAUGAAACAGCUGGCAGGACUAAGCGAUGUCUUCGAGAACCAAACACUGGAUUAUUCACACGAACUAAACACUGUCACGCGAUCAUUUUACUUCAGCCUGGUGGGAGAUCUGUUCGAUCUGGAGCAGGCGUUGGAGCGGAAAAAGGACUUCCACUCAAUCGCCCAGAUCCUGGCCUGCUCAGCCCUGGUGAAAGUGGUGGGCGACUUCGAAGAUAUCUACAUAUCCCACGACACGUGGUUCCUGUACCGUGGAAUGCUGCGCAUACAGAAGAGGUACAUCUUCCCUUGGCACUACACUGCUAAGAGUGAACACAUCAUCCCGGGGCACACGAUCACCAUGUCGUCCUACGCUGGAAAGCUGGUCUCGUGGGACAACUUCUACCUCACCUCGGCAGGACUGGCCAUCACAGAAACUUCAAUCGUAAAUGACAACAAAGACCUGUGGAAGUUUGUGGUCCCGGAGAGCGGUCCUUUCACCUGGGUGAGCGCCGCUGUGGCUAGCCGCCUGGCGACAUCGGGCUUGGAGUGGGUCCGCAUCCUUGGCAGGGAAAACGGGGGAACGUGCAACAGCCAAGUGCUCGUGUUGGAUUACAAGCUCUUCGUUCCAGGGACACCUAUCUCAGACGGCACACUUUGGAUUUACGAACAACUUCCGAAGAUGACGCGAUACGAAGACGUCAGUAGAGACCUUCGUGACAACAAGUACUGGGCAAGCUACAAUAUUGCCUAUUUCAGUGAUAUCUUCAACAUCAGCGAACAGCUGCCAAAAGUGCGGAGAUACGGUGAUUACUAUACGUUCGAGAAUGCUCCACGUGCCAAGAUCUUCAGGCGCGACCAUGCGAAGGUCACGGACAUGAGCUCCAUGAUAAAGCUGAUGAGAUACAACGACUUCAAAAAUGACCCUCUCUCGCACUGCAAUUGCUCGCCACCGUACAACCCAACCUAUGCCAUUGCUCCGCGCUACGACCUUAUAGACCCGCACGGGACGUACGACAUACCAGAGAUGUACCCGAGAGCUGUGGGAGGCAUUGACGUUAAGGUGACCAACUACACCCUCUUCGCAUCACGGGAGUUCGUCGGCGUCAGUGGACCCACGUGGGAAAACCAGCCGCCGUUUCAGUGGAGCAAUAGCGGUUUCGCAGACAGCCACGUCGGCCACCCCGACAAGUGGCAGUUUGAGCCAGUGAUUCACAAGUGGGCAGAACCGCAAGUCAAGUGGUCCGACAAGCUCCAGAAGCCUACAAACUCCGCAGCGUCUCGGGUGUUGUGGACUGUUUACUUCGCGCAAUUGUAUGCCGCGUCGUCAGUAUGGUUUCGACAGUUGCCCUGGUCUAGUUAG